UAUUAUUACUGACAGAAUCAUUUUCAGGCAGCACAGAGAGGACCGGGAUGCUCAUUAACUGUUCAGACCUCUUAGAGUCAUGAUGCUUGCAGGUUUCCUCUUUCUGCUCCUCCUCACAGGUGGAAGUCCCAUUUGUUUCCCAGACCAAGCAGAGCCUUGUAACGUUCAACAGAUUGAGGAAAGUGGAGAUACCCACAAUAACACAAAGGCUCAAGGCAACUGUUCAAAUAAAGAGCUGGACUCUGGAGAAAAUUCUGGGAAAGGCUGUGGUUAUCAGGAUGUUUUAAACUACCUGAAACUGACCAAAAACAACGAUAGGUACACCAUGACUCGACCUGUUAAAAACUUUACAACGUCUACACAGGUACACCUGCAAAUGGCGAUCUAUGGCAUCCUAGAUGUGAGAGAGAUUGACCAGACCUUCGUUCCUUAUGUUUGGAUUUAUAUGAAAUGGCGAAAUGAACACAUUAGGUGGUGUCCACUUAAUUAUUGUGGAAUUGAACAGGUGGUAGUUCCUACUGAAUUAUUGUGGAAGCCAGAUCUAACUAUUGAAGAGAUGACAGAGAAGGACAAGGCCCCUCCGAGUCCUUAUCUUACCAUUGACUGGAAAGGUGAUGUCACACUGAGGAACGACCUGAUGAUAGUCAGCUCGUGCAAGAUGCAAGUUUACAAAUUUCCCUUUGACAUUCAGAGCUGCAACCUCUCUUUUAAGUCUGCUGCGUAUUCUGAUGACGAAAUAAUGUUUGAAACCAUCGAAGAUGUUUUCAAAAACACAGAGUGGACUCACCAGUUGAUGCGGACCCAGUACGAGUGGUUGUUCAUAUCCUUGACAGUUAACAACAAAACUGUCAACGAUCUUAUCUACAACAAAAGCAUGAUUGUUUACACUAUCAAGAUGAGGAGGCGGUCUGUCCUCUACAUCGCCAACUUCUUGGUACCCAUCAUGUUCUUCUUUUGUCUGGACUUGGCCUCAUUCCUGAUCUCGGACAGCGGGGGGGAGAAGCUCGGCUUCAAGGUCACUGUGCUGCUUGCUGUCACUGUGAUGCAGCUUCUUCUCAAUGAGAUUCUGCCUUCGUCGUCAGACAGGGUUCCUCUUAUAGCGGUCUACUGCAUUGGGAUGUUUAGUUUGAUGAUGCUAAGCCUCCUGGAGACAAUUGUGGUGAUGCAUCUAAUGGAGAAAGACUCUGCAUCCCAAGACAAUGAGGCAGAUAGAGACCAAAGCCUGAGUGAGGACUGUAACAAAAAGGGCAAAGUCAGCUUGCAAAACCAUGAUGGAGAGAUGAAGAAAUGGACUCACUGUGCUUGUGUUUGUGACGUGUCUGCUGAUGAACCUCCAUCUGAACUGCUGUCAUUGGCUAGAGAGGGCAACAGCAGCCAACUGACGGAUGAGUCCAAUGCCUUGGAGAAGGUCUCAGAUGAGCUGAGGGAGGUGCUCCUGCUCCUCAACAGCAGGAAGGAAGACGGGAAGCCCGGCUACUGGACCAGAGUGGCGAAAACAAUCAACAAAGUUUUCUUCAUUUUCUAUGUCACAGUGACCAGUCUGUUUUUAAUUGUUAUCUUUAUAAAAUGGAACCAUGCACCAGACGAGUAGUGGCAAAGUGUAAAAACAGUAUUUAGACAAUGCUAAUCUAACACAUAUACUCUGUAUUAGCCUAUGACAUCAAUAUGGUUGUAUUAUACAAUUAUUGUAAUAUUUGUAUAUAUAUAUGAACAAUUCUAAUGUUUAAUAUGUCCAUUAAUACAUAAUCGAAUACAUAAAAAUUCGGGUGUAGCUUUUUAUGUAUUCGAUUAUGUAUUUAAUGGACAUAUUAAACAUUAGAAUUGUUCAUAUAUAUAUCCAUUAAAUACAUAAUUGAAUACAUAAAAAUUCGGGUGUAUUCAGGUUUAAAGAGCCAUAUCAAGUUAUCUUGUAAUGAAAUGCAAUGUAAUCAAUGCCUACUGUUUAAGUGUUUUGCUUGCUCAUCCAGAAUAUUAAGCAUGUAUACUAUAUAACAAGUGUGCUUCUGUAGGCGUGUAAAUGUGUUUCUUUUCUUUUAUGGUUAGAGUAAUGCAUUUGCAUUAAGCUACAUUAUGUAUUCAUGUGAUGGAAUUAUACUCCUUUCAUCUGGUUCUGAAAAAUGCAUGUAUUAGACUUCAUACUGCUUGAAUAAACAAUAAAGACAAAGAG